AUGGCAACACCGUUGAUCUGCCGGGUGUGCGGUGAUCGAAGUUCCGGGAAACACUACGGGUCCGUCUGUUGUGAUGGGUGUUCUUGCUUUUUCAAGCGCAGUAUUCGAAAGAGAGCAUUGUAUUCGUGCAUCUCUGGCCAAGGAGGAUGCUCGGUGGAUAAGGCCCGCCGGAACUGGUGUCCAUUCUGUAGGCUUCAAAAAUGUUUUCUAGUCGGAAUGAAUGCUACCGCAGUGCAGGAUGAGCGAGGACCGCGUGCAGAUUCGAACCUUCCUUCGCAAAUCCUCGCUCAGGUACUGAUGGCCUGCAUCCGCCAGGCCCGGGUAAACGAAAGCUUCGCUCGCUUUAGCCGCGAGCAGCAGAAUCAAAUCCUUCGUCACGUCUGGUUCGAGUGCUUCAUUCUACGCGUCGCCAACUGGUCCAUCGAUAUUUCCUCCAUCGUGGAAAGGUGUGCCGACGAAUCACUGCGGGAAAUCGUCCGGCGAACGAAAGCGCUACAGGUGGAUUUAAUCGAAAUUUCACUGCUCGAGACGAUGAUACUUUGUCGAAAAGAAUUCGCGCUGGGUGUGAAAGAAACUCAACAACUGGAGAGCACAUCCGAAACGGCACUGCUAGCUCUGGGCCAUUACAGUAUGCAACAGAUGAAUGUUGCGGUUCCCCCCGUGCCACCUGGUCUGCUGUUUGGUUUUCAAACCAGCCUCGGACCACCGGCACCAUCGCCGUCCAACAACAGCAGCCGCAGCAACAGCAGCAGCAACAACAACAACUGCAAAAAUAACAACACCACCAACAAUAACGGUUCCUGUGAUGGGGAUGCUGUCGGUGCGUUUGUGUCGUCCUUUCUACCCUUCUCCUGCUACCGGUUCGGGAAGCUGCUGCUGAGCUUGCGGGGUUUAUCGAUGCACAGCUACGAAGCAUCGGUACGUGCCAUGUUCCGAGAGGUUGCCGGUGAUGGCCUAAUGGAGAACUUUGUAACCAAAUUAUAG